ACAAUAAGGAACAAAUAAAAAUUCCAUUACUUUCCAACCUUUUUCUUUGACAAGGAGAGAGAAAAAGAAACUCCAUCAAUGGCGACUGACGUGGCAAUGGUUCCUGCAGGCGACGGUUCCAGCUCUGCUCCUGGUCCUUCUUCUUCAUCCAAGAAACCGAAACGUUUCGAGAUCAAGAAAUGGAAUGCCGUUUCUCUCUGGGCUUGGGAUAUUGUGGUUGAUAAUUGCGCAAUUUGCAGGAAUCACAUCAUGGAUCUUUGUAUUGAAUGCCAAGCUAACCAGGCGAGUGCUACCAGUGAAGAGUGUACUGUUGCUUGGGGAGUGUGCAAUCAUGCAUUUCAUUUCCACUGCAUCAGCCGAUGGCUUAAAACCCGUCAAGUUUGUCCUUUAGACAACAGCGAGUGGGAGUUUCAGAAGUAUGGCCAUUAGCGUUGUUACCUUGCUGUAAACCCAAAAAUCUGAGGGUGUGUGCAGAUGUGUGGAGUGCUUAGUGCCUAACUCUUGAUUGUUUUGCUGCUAGUCUACAUGAUGGAACCAUUGAUUUUUGACUUAUAACAUCAAGAAUCAAUGUUUAGGCAUUGGCCAAAAUUGCUAGUACUGCUUUCAGAGAAAGCUCUAUCUUGUCCAAUAUUGCACAUUUUUCGUCAAAUAUUUCCUCCUUAUUUCAAUGUUUAAUCUAACUCGUGGAAACUACUAUGACAAUUGUAUCAAAAUUUGAUCGAAACUUUACAGUAUGAGCUGUAUUAUUGUGUUGGUACAACAUUUAAUACCGGUUUAUUUUAUUUAUCAAUAAUUACACAACUAAUAAUUCUCCUGAA